AUGAUGCACCCGGUAUUGCGUCUGGCUUCUCGCAUGAUUAGUCAUCUGUGUUACUUGCCUUUUGUAUGCUUUCUCCAUCGACUCCUUGUUGGUACUUUAACCGUGCGCUAGUUUGAUGCGAUCCUGAAUAGCGAGCGAUUGCCAAUAGACCCAAGUCGUCUGCCUGAAGAAUUGAAAACUGGGGAGUAUCAAGAAUAUUACGAGGCAUAUAAUGUCAGCCAAAUCCUGCCUAGGAAAUCCUUUGGAGAAAAGCAAAUUGCCGAAAACCAAAAGAGGCUAAGUAAGAAAUAGCUCUUCCUAUCCUAGAACAUCAUUCUCAUCUAACUAGACUGGCGCUAUAAUUUGUUUUUCCUUUGGGCUUUAUUUCCGUUCCUUGUCCUUGUUUCUCUUGCUCUCCUCUUCGUUCAAAAUUUUUCUGGAAGAGGUGAAGAAGUACUGAAUCAUUCUUGUAGAAGGAAUUUUCAAGUAUAUGAUUGAGGAAUGCGAUUUCACCUUGGCUUUCUAUCAAAUGGGACGAGACUUUAUUGGUGGGCAGCUAGAACCCGCUAACAGGACUGGUGCUUAUGUUGCGGUAAAGGAACAAGGGGGUGUAGCUUUAUGCCUAUUCGCUUGUAAGUCACAAACAAAGAAUUAUACUGUACUUUCAAGCAUGAAAGGACUUCCGUCUUCGUAGUGCUAUCAAGUUGCUGAUACCCUUAAUAGCGACUGCGAUGGUAUUACCUCUUCUACGGCCAGAUCUGAAUGACUCUGAAAGACAGAGGAUGGAGUUUUCUGUAGCGAAAGUUAUGACCCAUGAGGUGACGGUGAGUAGACUUUUCCCAUAUUCUAACGGAGCUGAUGGUGAAACUAGCACGCCAUAGAGACAGGUCAAACAAUGCGAAAAUCAUUCCAAAUGAGAGAUUUAGAGCCCUUUUUUGAUCAACAACGUACUGUUUUAAUUUGAUCCGUCUAUAUUUGGCCGCUAACAUAAGAUUUGUAGAAAUCAAUGAGUUGGGCUGUGCAGGGGAGUUUGCAGUGAGCUAAUACCACUCAAACGCGUUUCUUUGGAAUGCUAACGGUUUUGAUUGAUUUUAGAUUUAUGGGGGGGUUCCAUCACCAGUUGAUCACUGGGACAGCCGUUGGCCGCAUGCGGUGCAUUUAGGUAACAUCUUCCCAAUAAUGAUCCUCGCUUAUAGUCCAAGGGGAACGAACGUAAUCUUAGAGAAUACUUAAGCGCCAGCUAACAUGUGUUGAAAACCCCCAAGGCUUUUGGCUUCGUGAACCUUGGCCUACCCAAUACGACCUUUAUAUCAAACCGUGGUACCUCACUGACCCCAAAAUGUCCGAUACAUACAGGCUGUAUCCGUUGCAAGUUUACUUUUAUGAAGGUAUGUAGUCACAUCUAAAUACGAGGGUGUAGCUGAAUUUCCGCUGGAUCGGGGCUACAAGUUGAAGAAUUCUGGGUACUUCUUCUAUCAAAGUGUCAAAAGUUCUUGUGUUGAUGUGUAACCUAGCAAGCAAAAUUGGCCGCUCUUGGGGGAAGGGCACUUUAUCUUGGGACCAUCAAACAAGGCGUGAAGUGUACAAUAACGGAUGACAAAGCUGACUUGAACAAAAUCCAAAGAGAUUCCUCUUUGCCCCAUCAAUUUCUGAAUGAUGUUGUGGAAAAGAUUCUACCACACCGUAAAGACCCUUCGACCUUGACACCGGAAGAGAGAGAUACAGAGCAGUUUGUUAGGGCAUUGGCGAGUCAGCAGACCACCGAGGAUGAAUUCUGUAAUUCAUUUAUUUCACUCGUCAAGAAAGAGUGUGUGCUAACAUGUCAAUAGGGGAAAACCGGGAGCUAAUGAGGCAAUCCAGAAGCACCAUACUGAAAAAGAAUUAUUCUUCCUGGAAAAAGAUGGAGAGAUCAGAAAGAGCUGCUCUUAUAGCAGCAGUUAAUCAAGCCCGGCAAUCCCACCAGCGUGCCGUUCAAGUAUUACUCGAAUUGGAACGCAGCCAGGGAUCGAUUUUCUCGGAGCGGCGCACAAAUCUCCUUGGAUGGAAUAUGGGGAUGCAUGAGUAUAUGCGGGAAUGUCGGCUGGAGACCUUUGGCGAUUAUGAGAAGUUUUUCAGAGACCCACCCAAAUUGAAAGGUGAACUCGUUAUCGAGUAAGUUUUCACCACAAAUUGACCAUCCUCAUAAUCCAGUUGCCUCCAGAUUCUCCUUUGCUUUCCUCCUUAUGUAAUGGUUUGAGGAGACAAUACUGACUUUACGGCCUUCCGCAGAGAUAUUCUGGUGGGCCUGGUAGGUUCCCCGCCACCCCAGGUUUAUGUUUUUUUUGUUUUUUUUCGAUAUUUUGCAAGUCUGACUCUAAAUUCAGGGAUUCUGUCGCAUGCUCUUGUGGAGUAAAAAACUUCGGACUUCAGAUGCCGUGCAAUCUCUACCUAGCAGUCAAGAGCUUCAAUCUCUCGACUCAGGACUGAAACGAUUUGACAUUGAAGAUUCUACAGCAAAAUAUAUGAGCCAUGAAGUAUUGACAGGGAUUUUCGAGAGCCAGAGGUGUUCUUGGUUCGCGGAGCAGGUCGCCCUGUGCUACAUCAUAUGGUUCAGGGAAAACAUCAAUAACUUGACGAAGCUUCGGCGAAUUGAGACUAUUGAGAAAAAGGUGCUUCAGAUAAGAAAUGGGCUCAAAAGUUUCAGUAUCAAUGAAACGUAUAGCGUAACAUUUAGUGGGGAGGUACUUGAGUGUCCAGAGGACUGGGUUCCACGCGUGGAUAAUGCUUUGAAAAGGAUAGCCGAGCUUAUUUCCUUUCUUCGAAAUCGGGAUCCUGAAGGAGAAAUCAGAACAGGGCUCGAUGCCGCUGAUAUUGAAAUUGAUACUAUUGAUACUGAUACAGAUCCUUCCAUUGGCGAAUCUGACGGAGGCGACCCUAGUGAUGGCGAUUCCGAUGAAUAUGGCUUUGAUGAAGACGACAGUGAUCAGGGAUCCGAUUCAAAAGAGCGCAGGAAUGAUACUGAAUCUGAGAGCGGGUCUGAGAGCGAGUCUGAGAAUGGGGACUCUGAAGAUGACACAAAAUCACCUUCUGGUACGUAA